AUGCUGUUAGAACUAAUGGUUGAUGCUGCCAAUCGUGGAUGGCGCGAUUCUAAUGGUUUGCUAAGCAAGCAAAUAGUAGAAAGCAAGAUACUUCCUGUUCUUAAUGCAAAACUUGGAUGCCAAAAAACUUAUCAUCAAUAUCAAAGCCGUCUGAAAUGGUUUAAAACAAAAUAUCACAGUUUUACUCAGCUUAUGCAUCAUAGUUCUGGAUUUGGGUGGGACUCUGUCUCAAAGAAAUUCACAGCUACCGAAGAAGUAUGGCAAGAUUACUUUAAGUCUCAUCCAAGUCAAGUGCAUCUUCAAAGAGAUACAUUUGCAGACUAUGAGGAUUUGGUAAUUGCAAUUGGCAAUGGAACAGCUGCUGGGAAAAACUCAAUUGGACUUGGUGAUGAUACUGAUGCUAGAACGUAUGAAGUUGGAGAAAGUAGACCUACUAGAUUGCAAGAUACCAAUGAGGCAUUUGUACCAAGUCAAAAUGAAACAUCAUACCAAUCUUUGUCGUCUGGUAAUUUUACUUCAUCGCCUUUUCUGGACACAAAUUUGGAGGCUCCAUUAGAAAAGCUCCCUCACAGAAAGAAACCUAAAAUUGAGUCUGAAGCAAAUAGUAAUUCAGUUGAAACCAUAACUCGAGCUGAACUGGUAGAAAAAGUUUAUGUGGGCAUGGAUUCAAUUGCUGCAAUUACCACUGAAAUUCGAGGAAUGCAUAGCUUGAUGGGAUAA